AUGGCAGAUGUUCUUCCACUGCACCGUGCACAGAACGACUUUACCAUGACAGCGACCCGAGCAGAUGCGCAAACCUGUUGUCAGAAGGACUUGCGUGACAUUGGCCAGACAUGUGUCCAGCUCCAAAAACGCAAUCUCAGAAAAGGUCGCCUUCUUUUCCGGGUCAUCCCUCCUCACUCAGAUGGGCAUGCUGCUGAUGUGCAGAGUUUGCAAGUCUACUUGGGCCCCCUGCAGUCAAGUGACCCUUCGCCUGAUCCCGAGACAUUCAGUGGAGAACCCAUCCGCGUUGAACCGCUAGCCGCCCGGGAGCACAAGAGCCUCCUGAUCGAAG